CAAGCAUUGGUGCAAUCUCGAGGAAAAUGGAGGAAAUUAUCACGUGACCGUGCAGUGACGUAUUCACGCAUGCGUACGAAAAGUCCCGCCGGAAAAAUCCACCUCUACAAUCUAACAUCUUCGUCUCAGCUCCAUCUUUAAUAUCUCCAUCCCCAUCUUUGGCUUCGUGACGUGACGACGACAAUGCACGACAACAGCGGCACGUGGUGUCAUGGCGAAUAUAGUUGUUAGAAACACCGAAUAUCCCGCAUUACCUGAUCACGAGAUCUCUGACUUGAAGAGUUGACUUAAAAGCGCAACAAUGAAGGAGGAUUCCCUGCUGAGCUUCAAAUGGCAGAGCUUCCCAUCGCACAUGGUGGGCUCACUCGACACUUGUUACGAGAAACAGCAAUUCGUUGAUCUCUCCCUGGCGUGUAAGGAUGGUACAAUCCUUAAAUGUCAUAAGAUGGUACUGGCUAAUUCGAGCUCCUUCUUCCGCCGAUUACUCUUGGCUAACGAUCAUCCACAUCCGAUGAUCGUCCUGCACGACAUCGAGGCCGAUGAUCUCAAGACUCUUCUAAAUUUCAUGUACUGUGGCGAAAUACAAAUAGUGCAGAGCGAGGUUAGAAGGCUACUGAAACUCGCCGAGACAUUUGAAGUCACUGGGCUCCGUCACAUCCCGCCAUCGCUGCUAUCCGAAGGUUCCAAUAACAAGGAGCACUGCGACGUGUUGAAGAAGAUGACGACGGUGUCGCGAUUGAAAUUGGAGGAAGCCAAGAACUCACCUAGUAGAAGCAAUGUCAGCUCAGAACAUGAGAUAAGCACGAAAACACAGAAUAAAACGAUUUCGCAGAUGAAAUUUGUUCCGAAGACAAAUCCUUACAAAACCAGCCAAUCCUUACAGCCAGCCAAAGUUCCUCAGGAAACGCCGAAGAACGAAGAGAUUAACAUAAGCGAGUUGUGUCAACGACUAGAGACUAGCAAUUCCGGUAUCAGUAUUAUAGACAUUAACGAGCCAAGUACAAGUAGAGGAGUGCGAAGAAUGUCCCCGAUGCAGCGAAAGAGAAAAGAUUUUCCGACGCAUCCCGAGAUCAGUUGGCCAAGUGUGUUAUCCACAAUAACAAACAAACCAUUAUCUUUUCAGAAAGUGCGUUGUAUUAUGGAUGAAGUAGAGAUCACAGCAGGAAAGCCAUCUACUUCUGUGCCAGACAAUAAAAUAAACGAACCUUUAGAUAGAAGAAAAGUUAAAAAAAAUUCGAGUGAAGAUAACAAUUUAAGUACAGUUUACAUAAAGGACGAAAUUGACAUAUCUUCCGAUAUGGAAGAAGAUGUUGACAUGGAUCCUUUAGAAGUUGACGAAAUUGACAAUGAUAACUUGGAAAGCAGUAAAACCACGCAACAGUUUUAUCCUCAGAUGUUGGUCCAUUCAUUAAAUAAGAACGCUCAUCAUAAAGAAUUUUUACCUAGAAAAGAUUCAAACAGUAUGGAUAUGAAUAUGAAGAAUAAAGUAAAUUGUGAUAAAACAGAACUGGCAAAUGAUAUUGUUAAUAAAUUAAAUCCUGAUGAACAUGUAACAGAAGAAGAAUUUCAAAAUUUCAUGCAUCGUGUCACUGAAGUAGAAAAAAUCGUGAAGAAAUUAGCACCUUCCGAUCAACAAGAACAAGAAUGUGGGAAAAAAUUAGCCGAUGAAAUUUUAAAACAAGGUGUUGAAAAAGAAGUCUAUGGAGAUAGUGAAGUAAAAGUUAAAACUGAUCGAUCAGUAAUUAAUAAAUAUCCGUCGAAGGAACAUGAUUCAAACAAUGAUCCGAACCAAAUGUCGCGAGAGGUAUUCAUGAAGAGUGUGGAAAAAGAUGCUAAAAAACGAGCUGAAGAACGUAAGAUUAGAAAUGAACGGGCAGAAACGUUAAAGAGAAUUGCAAACGGUGCAUUUAAAGAAGGCGAUUACGAGAAGGCCGUGACUUAUUAUAGCAAAGCAUUGGAACAACGUAAAGAUUCUUCUGUAUUGUGGAAUAAUCGCGCGUUAUCGUAUAUGAAUCUCGAAUUAUUCGAAAAAGCCUUGCACGACUGCGAGUGGACAUUAAAACUGAGUGACUCAAAUUUAAAAGCUCUUUUGUAUAGCGCUAAAUGUUAUAUGCAUCUCAGAAAUAGGGAAAAGAGUAAAGAAUAUAUAAGGAUGGCCAAAGAAAAGAAUCCUCAUUUCAACAAAUUUAUCGAUGAAUUUCAAGAAAAUAUAGAGCUUCAAUUUAACAAAUCCAAUGUUCAGAUAAUCAAUGAUGAAAUAUAGUAGCUUCUUUCUCCA